GGUCAAUUUUACAUACCACGGCUUGAGCGCCGUCAAGCUCCAAAAUCAAUGAACCAUGGAGCAUGAUCACGAUCCGGUUCUGUGUGAAGAUGAGUCCGCUGCACUUUUGGGGAAUAGUCAUGCCGGCAUUUCCAGUCCGACAUCAUCCCUACACUCAUUUCCAACACCGGCUGAGACUAGAACCGGGUCCGGAAAUGUGAAGGGGGAUAUUGUACCUGAACGCGUUUUACCGAUCGCUCUUCUCGCAUCCCUCGCUAUGGCGUCGACGGCAGCAACUGCGUUAUUUGCUUAUGCGACUCUUCUCUGCAAAGAUCCACAGCAUUGUAGAGACGAUGAGACGAGACGCUAUUCGAGCUUCGCAGCGGGUGCGAUUUCUAUAUCGAAUAUCGUCGGUAUGCUCGCUCUCGGGUAUCUGCAAAAGGCCGCGGCAAAGGGGAAGCUAGGCCUGAUGCUUUGGAUGGUCGCCCGCUCUAUGAGCGUAGUUAUGCUGCUUGUCGGUGUCUUCACUAAAAGAAUUUACGUUGCCCUUUCUGGGCGCGUCUUCGAAGGUCUCGCCUCAGAUAAUCUGCUGCACUUCAUGCUCAACGCCGCGUACUCGCGAUCGAGCUCUGAAGCGAAAACCUCCUCACUGAUCAACAACUCUCUUGGCCUCUACAUGUUAGGUAUAUCCAUAAGCCCAUUUAUCGCAGGGCUGUUUAAGAAUUUCACCGUUAGUUUCUUCAUCGCUAUCGGGUUCUUUGCCGUGUCAAUCAUGUACGUUUUGCUUUGCGUGCCGAGCCAGCCUUAUCUCAGAAACCACCCGAAGGGUUUGCUCACCUCGGAAAGCGACACUCGGGUCGUAAGCCACGGGGUUAGGAGGCGUUCGAUCGGUUCACUUGGAUCCACGUUCCUAACCCCAUUGAUGCCUUUCAGGAAGCAACCUACUCACCUCCUCAUCGGCUUUAACAUCCUCACUUACAACAUCACUCAGUCGUACACCUUUAGCGCCUUAAUGGUUUAUACUUCCGUACGCUUCGGGUUUACCGGGAAGGAAAACGGGAUCCUCAUAUCAAUGGUGCAUACGGUAGCCGCCUUCUAUAUCUUCGCCAACAUAUACUUCAUCCCAUGGGCCCUGCGGCGUCGGCUACGACAAAACCGUAAUGAGCGGACUUCUCCACAGAUGUCCGUCUCCCAGUCUAAUCACAGAGUCAGAGACAUGACACUCGCCCUCAUCUCUCUCACAAUUCAAUGUGUAGCGUUCGUCGGCCUCGGCCUCACUACCAGGGGAAGCCAGGUGUACUUUGUUACGGUGCUCUUGGCACUUGGGCUUCCCGCGCCCUCGUUCACCAAGGCCUAUUUCGCAAGCCUCUUCGAAGGCGAGGAGAAACCGGUCGCGCUUGCUGCUUUGGCUAUGAUGGAAACUGUAGGGAGCCUACUAGGACCCCUGAUCCUUGGUAGCUUACAGGCGUAUUUUGGCGCUGGUAGCGGGGUAUUCUAUGUUGCCGCGGGGCUUGAUGGCGUUUCUGUUUUAUUGCUUGGUCUUGGGCUGGUAGUGAUUGGCACUGUAUCGAAGUAUUGAGAUCUUCUGGCCUGGUCCGAUUUUGAACAGGAGAUCAUGUCCAUUGACCAAAUCCUAGAUUUUGCAAAAUUUCCAAUCCC